AUGGGGAAUGAACAUAAUGAAACAUUACAGGAAGGUUUCUAUCUGCUUGGAUUUUCUAGCUAUGGAAACGAUAGUUGGAUCCUUUUUACAGGACUGUUGCUGAUGUACCUCCUGACCGUGCUUGGAAACUUGCUCAUCGUUAUACUCGUAUGCCUGGUACCCCAACUGCACACCCCCAUGUACUUCUUUCUGUGCAACCUGGCAGCCCAGGACAUUAUCUCUGCCUCUGCCAUCCUACCAAAGUUGUUGGCCAUCACGGUUUCCGGGGAUACAAAUAUUUCUUUCCAGGGUUGCAUCACACAGAUAUUUCUCUUAGCAUUUUGUGGGGAUUCUGAUUUUUUUUUACUGGCCUCAAUGGCUUAUGACCGAUAUGUGGCAAUUUGUAUCCCUCUGCGCUACUACCUCAUCAUGAACCUGAGGAUAUGUGUCCUGAUGGUGGCAUCUUCAUGGGUUGUGUACGUCGGUAAUGGAAUUGGCUUCUCUUUGCUUUUAUCUAAUUUAUCGUUUUGCAAGUCACAUGAUCUGAAGUAUUUAUUUUGUGAUAUUAAAAAAAUCUUAGAACUUGCCUGUGGUAACACCACACUUAUUGAAAAAGUGAUAACAGCGCAGGUGGUGUUAAUGGGAAUUCUCCCCCUUGUGCUGAUUCUAACAUCUUACAUAUGCAUCAUAUAUGCCAUUCUAAAGAUCAGAUCGUUGGCCGCUAGGCUUAAGACUUUCUCCAGCUGUUCCUCUCAUCUCACUGUUGUCUUACUGUUUUCUGGAACUGUCAUCAGUUUGUACAUGAAUCAGGAAUCUGAUGAUGAUCAUGAAGAAGACAAUCUGCUUCCUCUGUUGUAUGUUGGUUUUGUUCCAAUGUUAAACCCAUUAGUGUACAGCCUGAGAAAUAGACAGGUUUGGUGGGCUUCAAAGAUAGUAUAUGAAAAAUUCAAGAGUCAGCUUUGCGAUCUCAAGAACUACGACUAA